AUGACGAUUCUGGAUCUUCCGGCCAAGGAGGCUUCAGUAUGGCCUGUUACCCUGGGCAUUCUAUCGUGGGUGUUUUGGUCGAAUCUGACCAUUUUAUUCAAUAAAUGGGUUAUUGAAUCUACUGAAUUCCGGUACCCAAUCAUCCUAACAACAUGGCAUCUCGUCUUCGCAACCCUAGCCACUCAACUUCUUGCCCGAACCACCACCAUGCUCGAUGGUCGCAAGAAAAUCCGCAUGGACGGCCGAACCUACGUCCGCAUGAUCAUUCCCAUCGGCAUUCUCUACAGCGGUAGUCUCGUCUGCAGCAACAUCGUCUACCUCUACUUGAAUGUUUCCUUUAUCCAGAUGCUCAAAGCAUGCGGCCCAAUAGUGACCCUCCUCACCAGCUGGGCCUGGCACGUCAAAACCCCCUCGCUCGAAUCCUUCCUCAACAUCCUCCUCAUCGCCUUCAGUGUCGCCCUCGCUGUCGCCGGCGAAGUCCAAUUCUCCUGGCUCGGCGUCACCUACCAACUCGCCAGUCUUGUCUUCGACGCCAACCGUCUUGUCAUGAUCCAGAUCCUGCUGUCAGACGAGGGCCAGAAAAUGGACCCCCUUGUGACUUUGUACUAUUCUGCACCGGUGUGCGCCUUCACCAACUUCAUGAUUGCGUUUUAUACUGAGCUGCGCGGGUUCAGUUGGAGUGUGAUUGGGGAGACUGGGGUCGGGGUUUUGGUUGCGAACGCUACGGUGGGGUUCAUGUUGAAUGUGUCGAUUUUUGUUUUGAUCGGAAAGACAUCCGGUUUGACCAUGACACUGGUUAGUGUGCCGAAGAACAUCCUGUUGAUUGUCUGUUCUGUGGUGAUCUGGGGCACGCAGAUCACUCCGCUUCAGAUGGUGGGGUUGGUUGGAAGGCAAGCGGAGAGGAUGAAGGAGGAGGAGGAUGUAUAG